AUGAACACAGUGUUGUCCAUAACAAAACAACCAGUAGUAAAUGGCAUUAGUGAAACCUUUCUCUAUGACUCAGUUCGUGACAAACUACGAGACCCAGAAAAAGAAGUCCGCCAGCACGCUCUCAGGGUACUUAUGGACCUAAUAAAAGUAACUCAACCUUCAAAUCUAGAUAUCCGGAUGCAAGACUUAGUCCCUGAAAUUCUAAAAAUAUUGAGUCACUCUGCUCCGUCCUUAAGAAAAAGUGCUUUAGAUUCUCUUAAAAAAUAUUUAAAACUUAGUAAAAAUUAUAACUACCUCAUGAGAGAGUUGCUUAACUCUCCUGACCAUUUGACCAAUGCAGCUCCUUUUUUAAUAAAUCGUGAAACAGAUGAUUUGACAGUGAUACUGGUAAUAGAACAAUUAUGGAAGGAACUAGAAGAUCCUACCAGCAAUCAAGAGAUUCCUGCAAAGUCUUUAGCUAGAUUAAGGUAUAAUCUUGGAGAUGAUAGAUUCAAACACCUAAUAGGCCUGCUAAGAUAUCGAAAACUACAAGAAAUUUGUGAAAUUUACGGUCUUCCAAUGGACUACAGUGACGGGGAAGCUGCCGAUAACGAGUUAUGGAGCAGUGAAGAAAUUAUCGAGGAUAGGGUUAUCUUAGAAACAGAAAUAACUUUAAAAACUGGUCCUGCAAUCACUAUGAAAAUACAUGAAGAAAGCAGACCUAGCAGUUCUAUAAGCAAUUCGGCAGAAAUCGAAGAAAAUUCUAUUGGUGUUAUUAAAAUCCUCCCAGAUGAUAGCGAAAGUGAUUAUGAAGAAGCGAGAAAAACACCAAAAAACUCCAAGAAAAAUGCAGUUACUAUAACGACCAGAAAAAGUCUCAUUCCUAUUAGAAUAACCUCUUUGCCCUCUACACCACUAAGAAAAUCUAAAAAGGUUACUAAACAAAGGCUGCAUAGAUCAGCGCCAAAUUUAAGUCGAAAUUAUGGCAAUACGAAGAUACCAUUUAAGCGAGAUUCUAACAUCAAACAAAAAUUCAAAAUAAGUGUCAUGAAUGAAACAAGUCAAAACCAAGAUAGAACCAAAGAAAAUGUUAAACUAAGAAUAAAUACCAAAAGCAAAUCAUCAGACCAUUUAACUGUAACGAACGUUAUUAAGCCAACCUCGCCAUUGGGACCCAACAACCGUUCAAAUAACACCAGUCCUCUUCUGCAUAAACCAAUUGAAGUUUUACAUAAUCUUACGAGAAGUCCUGUAGCAAAACGCCGUCCCAGCACCGUGGAUGUUUGUGACCAAUCGAAUAAUAGCAAUACUAAUACAUUUAACAGCUUUCGAGUUUGUCCAGCAAUAUCCCUGGAAGAAUCUUUCGAGUCAAAAUCUAUAGAAUCUAAGGAAACAGAAGAUUUCUUCGACAGCUUUCACGUCUAUCCAACAUUACAAACUUCUCAGGUUUUAUCUUUACCACCCGAAGAUAUCAGAAACAAUAAUUCUAGUAAUGGGAGUGAAACAAAAUCAUCUUUUGAAAAAAGUGACAGCAAGGAUACGGAAGAUACAACUUAUAGUGAUUCUCAUAGUUCUUUGGGCAGUAAAGUAAAACCUUUGGAAUAUAAUCAAACUCUUGCUUUAGAGUAUAUUCCCACCGAAAGAGAAAACGACUACGAUAGUUUUAAGGUAUGCCCAAAUUUUAGUGGACUUAAUCAAGAUAAUAAAGGCAAUAGUGUGCAAAAGGGAUUAAAGAAAGAUUUGGAUUUUAGUAACCAGUGGCAGUUGUCUUCAUUAAGCUCUGAGGAUAAUUUGUGGAACAAAUCUGAAGCCCUGGAUAAUCUAGUGAAAAUGCUUAAACAACCUGGUACUUGUGAAAACUUAGAACCAGGACCAGCUGCUUUAUUAUUUGAAGCGUUGUUUGCCUGCCAAAAUUUUGACAAACUUCACUUUUUAGCAGAUGUGAGUAUUUAUUAUACUGAAAUACAAAAUAUGUUAUCUUAA